CCAUAAAAGAGUUGAGCGCAACCGCGGCAAGCCCAACAAACUCCUCUGCCGCCCCGCCGGGCUUCUUCCACUUCUCCCUGCCGGCCGUCACCCAGCAAUGGCGACGGCGUGGGUGCGCGCGCGUUCUCUCAGCUGCAAGUCCAGAGCCGUCGCCGACGAAGUGUGCAGCCCGCCGCCGCUGCCCAAGAAACACCCGCCACCGCCGGUCAAGGGUGCGGUAGAACUACUGCCGGCUAAGGAGAGUCGGAGGUCCAGGUCCAGCGAGCACGACCGGCCUGCUAGGAAGAAGAAGACCACGUCCAAUUAUGGGAAGAAGAAGCCCAGGCAGCCGGCGCAGCUCGCCGCGUCCCCAGCGCACCCGAGCUCGCCGUUCUUGGCAAUGACGGAACUCCCGGAGGGCCACUCCUCCCGCCGCAUCGUCGAGCUCAUCUUCGCGUCCGGAUGGGGCCCUCACGCGCCGGAGGUCGAGGUGGAGGCCCUGUUCCGGGUGCACAGCACGGCACGCGCGGUGUCGCGCUUCGAGGACGCGCGCGCCGCCGCGAGGGCACGGGGCGCGGCCGCGGACGACGCGCGGUGCGCCGCCGACGGCAACGAGGUGAUGCGGUUCCAGUGCCGCCCCGCCGACGGCGAGGACUCGGUGGUCUGCGCCGCGGUCGCCACGACCAAGCUGUCGGCCGUGCGCACGUUCGACGGCAGCGGCGCGGCGGAUGCCAGCGCCACCGGAGGCUCCGGAGGCCGCAGGGGCAUGCUGGUGUGCCGCGUCAUUGCCGGCCGCGUCCGGCGCGCCGUCGACCCUCCGUGCCGCGCCGGCGAGUACCAGUCGGUCGACGCGGGCGGGGGCGAGCUCGUGGUGCUCGACCGCCGCGCCGUGCUCCCCUGCUUCCUCGUCGUCUACAGGGUCAAGCCGGCUCUGGACGGUAGCCCUUCUUGCUGCCGUUCCCGCUGA